AUGAAAGUGAUUGCUAAGGGAAAUGCUAAUAUAAUUAUUGACUAUGAUGAUCCAUUAUAUUUAUACAGGUGUUUAGUGAGAGAUAGCUCUUUGAAAAUUAAUAAUUUAAAUACUGUAGAGAAUUUCAAAUUUCUUCAAAAAUUUAAAGCAGAUGAGGAUAACAGAUUGAGUUACUACCUCUGUACUGUGGAACUUCUUCAGUUGCAAGUUAAUGAAAUCAGAGAUCUGCUUGAAGAGUAUAUUACAAAAUUUGAUACUGAAGUAGUUUACGUAUUUAAACUAGAGAAUUUGAAGCCGAAUUAUUACGAUUCACUUUUAUGGAAUGAUCACUUUACUAGGGUAUAUUUUUCCAAAGAGUUUAGUAACAAAAUAUUAAUUGAACUGAAACCAAAAUGGAUCUAUUAUCAGUCGCCAUAUUGCAGAAAUUGCACUCAUAAUCAACUGAAAAGUAGAAGCAACAUAAACUAUUGUUAUUCCCAUUUAGUCAAUAAUGAAUCUUAUUUCUUCACUAACAUAUUAGGUGACUUAAAACACUCAUUACCUCCUGAAUUUAUAAUUUCUAUGGAAUCAUAUAUGCGGGGUCCUAAAAACAUAUUUAAAUUAUUAUAUGAAACACAGAAAUCUUUAUACGUUCCAUUAGGAACACUUAACCAUAGUUCAGAGGUUGAUUAUAAUUUGUUAUUAUUAAUGGCAUUAAGAGAUGUUACCUUAUUUAUAGAAUGGGAUACUUCCAAAGAUCAACAUAUUUAUAUAAAUUUUAUUGACUUAGAUAGAAAACCUUCUUCAAAACUGUCCUAUUGGUUGAAAACCCAUGAGAAAUUGGAAAUGUUUCCAGACAAGGUAUACCAUUAA